GGGUCCGAGACUCGCGCCUGCGCAGCUGGGUGAUGAUGGGUAGGCGGCGGGUCCGGGUCCGCUGGAUGGAGCUGCGGGCUGCGGGCCAUGGUGGGUCGUCCUGAGCUCGCCCCGACCCGGGUCUCGAGCUGGAGCGGGAGGCAGUGAGCGGCGGACUGGGCUGAAGCUGGCUGAUUGGGAAGCUGGUAGGAGGAAGAAAGAAUGAGAGCAGCAAAUACUUUGGUGUUACCCCGUCGGCGAGAGUGUGCUUGCUGGCUUCUGUAGAGCUGCUAGCCUUUCCAGCUCUACAUCUCUCCAGGUCAUUCAUUCAACAACUGUUUACUGAAUACUUCUAUGAACCAGGAGCCAUGCGGGGCCAACGGAGUCUGCUGUUGGGCCCAGCUCGCCUCUGCCUGCGUCUCCUCCUGCUACUGGGCUACAGGCGACGCUGCCCACCUCUGCUCCGGGGCCUGGUACAGCGCUGGCGUUAUGGCAAGGUUUGCCUGCGCUCCCUGCUCUACAACUCCUUUGGGGGCAGUGAUACUGCUGUUGAUGCUGCCUUUGAGCCGAUCUACUGGCUGGUAGACAAUGUGAUCCGCUGGUUCGGAGUGGUGUUUGUGGUGCUGGUGAUCGUGCUGACUGGGUCCAUUGUGGCCAUUGCUUAUCUGUGUGUCCUGCCCCUCAUCCUCCGAACCUACUCAGUACCACGACUCUGCUGGCAUUUCUUCUAUAGCCACUGGAAUCUGAUCCUCAUCGUCUUCCAUUACUACCAGGCCAUCACCACUCCUCCUGGAUACCCACCCCAGGGCAGGAAUGACAUUGCUACCGUCUCCAUCUGUAAGAAGUGCAUAUACCCUAAACCAGCACGAACACACCACUGCAGCAUCUGUAAUAGGUGUGUGCUGAAGAUGGAUCAUCACUGCCCCUGGCUAAACAAUUGUGUGGGCCACUAUAACCAUCGCUACUUCUUCUCUUUCUGCUUUUUCAUGACUCUGGGCUGUGUCUACUGUAGCUACGGAAGUUGGGACCUUUUCCGGGAGGCUUAUGCUGCCAUCGAGAAAAUGAAACAGCUUGACAAGAACAAACUACAGGCAAUUGCCAACCAGACUUACCACCAGACUCCACCACCUACCUUCUCCUUUCGAGAAAGAAUAACUCACAAGAGUCUUGUCUACCUCUGGUUCCUGUGCAGUUCUGUGGCAUUGGCCCUGGGUGCCCUAACCAUAUGGCAUGCUGUUCUCAUCAGUCGGGGUGAGACCAGCAUUGAAAGGCAUAUCAACAAGAAGGAGAGACGCCGGUUACAGGCCAAAGGCAGAGUAUUUAGGAAUCCUUAUAACUAUGGCUGCUUGGAUAACUGGAAGGUGUUCCUAGGUGUGGACACAGGAAGGCACUGGCUGACCCGGGUGCUGUUACCUUCUAGUCACCUACCCCAUGGGAAUGGAAUGAGCUGGGACCCUCCUCCCUGGGUGACUGCUCACUCAGCCUCUGUGAUGGCCGUGUGAGUCACAACUUGAACACUGUCUGAUGCUUACUGUGUCUCUCGAGCUUCCAAGGACAGCUUUUCUUGGAAUCCAUGAUCAUAGAGAGCCAUUAGGUCUGCCUUAGAGUACUACACAGGGACAAUCUUCUGGCCACUGAAGAACAAGACACAACGUGGAGAACCCCUAGGACUGAUGUCCCUCUACUCAGGCAAACAAGGGUUAGCCCCAGACUGGGCUCAGGCAACUAGCCACUUUGUCCACUGCUGACCCUGACGUUCUUUAGGUUACAGCACUGGGGCUAGACACCAUCCCUUUCACUUUGGAAAAAAUUCUGGCUUCUCAAUGGGACAAAGACUCUAAGCCUUUUGCCAAGGUCACUGCCAUUUCUCACAUGCGACAGAAGGAGCAAAAAUAAAGGCAUUUGAUUUGUAAAAAGAA